UUUACUUUUCCAUUCAGGGACGAUUCACCGUGGGACAAGCAGCCGACUUUGUCUCUACCUCCGAAUUUUCGAAAAUCGAUGAAGAAAAGUUCCGCGAAUGCGCCGUCGCCGAUCCCAAAAACACCGUUCUUGCUGUGUGCUACACAUCGGGAACCACUGGCUUGCCCAAGGGCGCUGAGGUGACUCACUUCAGUUACGUGGCGUGCUUCUACACAGCCAGGAUUCACGUGCCCUGGGGAGAGCCAGACAUCCUUCUUGGCUUGAACCCGAUCACACAUCAGGCGGGCAUGCUGUACGGCAUGAUAGCUGUUCUUGACGGCGCAACGUAUGCACUUGUACCAGCGAACAUGACCCCUCUGGAAAUAAUGGACGCUGUCGACAAACACAAGGCGACGGCAGCACAAAUGUUCCCAGGCAGGCUUCAAGCUCUGGUGCGUGAAAUGCGGCGCGCUGGCAGAACGCUGCCCAGCAUGCGGGGCAUCGGCGCGGGUGGCAGCUUCCUUUCGACGCACUUGGCCGAAGAAUCUCGUAGAGUGUUCGGUGGUCUAGAGCUCCUGGUGCACGUAUAUGGAACUACCGAAGCCUGCUGCUGUGUUACUUCUCAGCCUAAGAGCAAAGAGCUCAGCAUCAGCGCUGACGUCGGCUUCCCUGCUACGAAUGUUACAAUCAAGAUAGUUGAUGUGCUUACGGGUGAGAAACUCGGUCCCCAUAAAACAGGUGAAGUCUGCUAUCGCGCAGAGUCGAUGAUGAGAGGAUACUACAAACGACCCAAAGAAACCGCUGAUCUGAUCGACGAGGACGGUUGGAGCAAGUCAGGUGACACAGGCUACUACGACGAAGACGGCCGGAUCUAUAUCGUCGAGCGCCUUAAGCAGCUGAUCAAGUGCUUGGACAACCCCGUGAUUCCCGCCGAACUGGAAGAGCUUCUUCUCCGGCAAUACGCGUCUGAUAUUGCCGAGGUGGCAGUUGUGGGAAUCCCGAAUCCCGACUACGGAGAGGCGCCCGCGGCUGCAGUGGUGCUCACAGACGAGGGCCGCAGGAAAGACACAGAGCUGCUCGCCGAACAGAUUAAGGCAACAGUAGCGAGUAGCCAUGCUUUGCACAGGCAUCUAUACGGCGGUGUCUUCUUCGUGGAUUCACUACCAAAAACGGACACCGGAAAAGUCACCAGAGCCACUUUGGUUCGCUCUCUCGCGCGACGCAAGUAACAACGUGGUGAUCUACCUGUUACUAACCUGUUCAACAUGUGCGCGCGACAUUUGCAUAGGGAAUGCGACUUUCCAAUAAACUAUUGAAUUAGCCUAACCAUUUCCGGCUCCCUAGUAACAGCUCUUCGAGAGAAAGCCUAACCUAUCUGUCCUUUGUUCCAACCUCAGUCAAGGUUGACCGCUAAUAUGUGAAAACGAAAGUGGUAGCUAUAAAUAGUUGAUACAGGCUAAUAGAGCACUAACCUUCCUAAUAACCGGACGAUCUCGUUUAUGAGUACAAUUUCGAGUUUUACAACGGAAAUAAUGUUAGCUUGUCCCACGCGUAAAACUCGAACGGAAGCUCUAAACGAGGAGUCCCACUGCUGUACACGCGUCAUACAUAACUCCUUUUGACAGUGGCAUUAGGUUGCGUCCCUACAUUGAUUGUGGCAGAAACAAUUUCACAACGACUGUCGACGGCAAUGCGUUAUUUCUGAAUCUUUAAUUCAAGGGUAGAAAUGAUAAGUUAUGGGGUAAUAAAAAUGUUGAACAGCAAAU